AUGACUUAUGAGAAUGAAAGAGCUGGAAACAGAGACACUAGUGAUUAUAAGGUGUUGGGAAGGCGUGACUUGUUUCUCGACCCCAGCGUGAGACUGAAGGCAACACACGGGUUACUCUUAAAAGAGCUUAAAAAAGGGGAGAGAUACUCUUUAAGUAGUUUAUUCUCUUUGGUUUUGGAUCAGUAAAUGCUUUAUUCAUUACCAUGCAGGAUUCUCCAACAUGCUGUGACAUGUGAGGGAUAUGGAACUACAGAGCUCCUUCUUCAUCUUCAAGCUACUUUCUUUCGGUUUAAACUGAGUUAUGGUGUGAAAUGAUGGCAGCAGGAGAAGCAAGAGCAGUGUGGCAAAGAACAGCUAACCGUUACUUUGUCCAAGAAGACGCUAAAAGAGCUCCCAAGCUAACAACCUCUUCCCACUCUUCUUCAUCAUCAACGAAACAGGUUCAAGAAGAUACUGUCUCUUCUCCUCCUCCUGUUGUUCGUCCACAGAACCAACCAUCUUCUCCAGGUUUCAUGCCUCUGAAUAUUCCUCUUCUGUUGGGUCAUCACAUUCAAGAAGAUUUGCUCCUGGGAUGGACUGUUGGAUGGAUGUAGUUGCUAUCUUUGUAGUUCAAAGCGAAGAGGAGAAUAGAGAGAGACCUGGAAAGUUUUGUUUUUUUUUCUUUGAAAAAUGUAACUCUUCUUGAAAUGAGUUUUUUAAGAUUUACUUGUAUUGUAAUGCUGCAGCUUAUGGAUUUGGUUAAAUGAGAGAAUGUAAUUUGUUGUAAGAAUUUUGUUAAAUAUUGUGUGUUUAUAAUAUCUCAAAGACAUCAUCAUAUGAAAAGAUCUUUCAUGCAUGCAUGUAAGUGCAUCUCCUAACUGAACCCAAAAAGAAGGUGCAUCUCCAUAUUGAUCAUUUUUUACCGCUCGGUAAAAGGAAAGGUAGAAGUAAAUUUUCAUUUUCAUGUUCACUUAAUACUACGUGGAUCGUCCGGGCCCGAUUGGAGAGGAUGCUUUUAAAAUCCAACACAGUGAGAAAAUGGAUAGUCCGGAAUCAAAUCAAAAGACUUGCAAUGCAGAGAGACAAAUCGACGACGACGAGCUAAUCGGAAGAGAUGGCGGUGAUGGGGAAGCUGAGGAUGUUCGUGGCGCAGGAGCCUGUUUGUCGCCGCCUCUUGCUUGAUCGGUGGUGCUGGUUGGUUUUUAGAGGAUCAGAAGGCAAAUGUCUUUACUUUGAAUACUGACUGUCAUGUUCUUUUAGCCAAAAGUGUCAUUUACAUCUUCUCACGUUUCUCUUCUCAUCUUCGUUUGUUUGUUUGUUUUGUAAGGACUCUUUCUGCCUGCCAGCUGUUGUGAGGCCUAUUCUCGAUUCUCUUGAGGCUUCCAAACAAGUUAAAGUGCCUCCUCUUACCCAUGUUAUUGCUGGUGUCACUGGAAAGAAACAGAGCUAAUCCAAACCAAUGAUUUUUCCCAUGCUUUCUUACAUUCAGAUUCCUUUUCUUGUCUUUUUUGUCUUUUAACUCUUUCUAGUCACUGAUGAAAUAAACUAGACUCAGUGUUUUUUUUUGUUCUGAAACUUAUAUAAAGGCAUAUGUCAGUAAGUACAUACU